AUGGCGGCCGACAGCGACGCUGCUCAGCGGCUCCGGACCGAGAAAGGUUCCGCCGCUCCCGCGCAGACACACAGACGGGAAAAGGACACAAAUCCCCGGAGCGCUGGCCCACGCUCCAUGCAUCCAAGUGACUCCGGAAGCGCGCUCAAGCACGGCAUUCCCAGCACGGUGCGCCCCUUUGCCUACUCUCCAGCGCGCGUCUCUGCGUUCUUCCCCCGCCGCAGGAGACGGCUGGACUACGUGAACCAUGCACGGAGGCUGGCGGAGGACGACUGGGCGGGUGUGGAGAGCGGAGAGGAGGAGGAGGAGCGGGAGGAGGGCGCGGGCGCGGAGGAGAUGGACGUGGAUGUGCCCAGGAGGCUGCCCAAGCGCUACGCCAACCAGCUGAUGCUGUCGGAGUGGCUGGUCGAUGUCCCCGUGGAUCUGGAGCAAGAGUGGGUGGUGGUGGUGUGUCCCGUAGGAAAAAGGGCGCUAGUGGUGGCCUCCAAGGGCUCAACAGCAGCCUAUACCAAGAGUGGCUUCUGUGUCAACAGGUUCCCGUCCCUGCUGCCAGGGGGGAACAGGCACAACUCGCUGAAUGACAAAGUUUACAGCAUCUUGGACUGCAUCUACAACGAGGCAAAGCAGACGUACUAUAUCCUCGAUGUGAUGUGCUGGAGGGGACACCCUGUUUAUGACUGCCAGACUGACUUCAGAUUCUUCUGGCUCCUUUCCAAGAUCCAAGAGGAGGAAGGGCUAGGAGAGAAAAGCAGGAUUAAUCCAUUCAAGUUUGUGGGUCUGCAGAAUUUCCCCUGCACAUCAGAGAGCCUCUGUAAGGUGCUGGCUACGGACUACCCAUUCGAGGUCGACGGGCUCCUUUUCUAUCACAAGCAAACCCACUACACGCCGGGCAGCACCCCGCUCGUGGGCUGGCUCCGGCCCUACAUGCUCCCCGACAUCCUGGGGCUCACCGUGCCUCCCACCCUGCUCACCGCCAAGCCGGACUACGCUGGGCACCAGCUCCAGCAGAUCAUGGAGCACAAGAGGAGCAAAGAGCUGGCAGCAGGGAAGAGUCACCCAGGUGCCCAGGAGGCCGCGAGGAACGGGCAGUACGAGCUGGAGCACUUGUCCACCCCGCAACCGGCAAACUCUCUUGAGGGCCGUGAUGAAGCCGGGAGCCGGAUGGAGAAUUAGGGUAUUUUAACAGCCCGCCUGGGUAAGGAGAGGGUGAGGAGUUGCCUGGUGUCCCCACUGUCACUUGUGCUCCCCAAACAGGGGGAACAAGGGAGUUAUUGGAUGGCUUUGUUUAAAGGGCCUGAAAGUGGAAUAUUUUAGUUUGUUCUCUGUUUUAUUUUGUUAGGAUGCUCACUUUGGUGAGGGGCUUCAACAGGAUUGUCUGGCUCUUUGCUAAGGCGGUUGCCCCUUGUGGGGAGGAAUAACCUGUCCAAAGUGCAGGGUUCCUGAUUUAGCUUCUGCCCCUGCUGCUGUUAGAGUUUGUGGUGAAUCUCCAGCCCAGGAACAGUGCUUGGGCCUUGCAGAUGCAGAGCCUGCUUCUCACCCAAGCACCUCAUAUGGACACUCCUCCCCAGGCCAGGAAGCUUGGGGCAUUCCAGCCUUCGGUCCAGCUGUUUACAUGGAAGCCUUCUCARUGAAACUUUUGUGGUCAGUCUGCUUCUAGUAACAGACUAUUUUUUUUCCUCUUUCCACACCCCCGCAUUCCCAAGAAACCCCAUUUCCUCACGCUAGAAGUGUCCCCUGCCUCCAAGUGCAGCUUCGUGCAGGAUGGCUGCACAGCUCCCUUCUCUGGCCUUUUUGGGGGGGUUGGAGAAAGGAACAAGCUCGCUGUUGGUGUUAGCAUCGAUGGUGCCAAAUAAAAGGUUUCUCAGAA